GUUAAUAACUUUUUAUUUAAACUUGCCCAAACUUUGGAGGCUUUCCCACUUCUGUCAAAAUAAAGAAAAUAAAAUUUUAAAAAAAAUUUAAAAUUAUUAAAAUUUAUAAUAAUCCUAUCCAGAAAGCCUGUCUCGAAGAAUGACCCCUUCUAUUUGCUGCAGGUGCAACGAGCAGAUUCGGCACCGGGCAGUUUGCAGUUUGGGCAAGGCGUACCAUCCGCACCACUUCACCUGCACGGAGUGCGGCCUGGUGGUGGAUCCCCGCCUGUUCUUCGCCGUGAACGACGACGUGGUCUGCGGUGAGUGCUACCUGGGCCACCAUGCCGCUCGGUGCUCCGCCUGCCGGACGCCGAUUCUGGAGCGCUGCAUUAGCGCCGUGGGCCGCAAGUGGCACGAGAGGUGUUUCCGGUGCGUGAGCUGCAGCAAACCGCUGAUCUCAUCAUCCUUUUUCGACAUCAACGGAUACCUCUUCUGCAAAGAGCACUUCCGGGAACAGUUUUCGCCCCGCUGUGCCGCCUGUGCGGAACCGAUCGAGGAUCGGGCUGUGGUUGCGCUGGCCACCAAAUGGCAUGUGGAGUGUUUCAGGUGCUUCAUCUGCCGCCAAAGGAUCACCACCGGCGGUUUUAGGAUCCACAACGGACAACCCAUCUGCCUGGCCUGCUGCCAACCCACCACCAUCGUCUUGAGCCCCCAAAAUUUGUGUGCCUUAUAAAUGUCUAAAUGUCUAGCGGGCUUUAACCUGAUUUAAAUGGGGAAAGAGGGAC